UCCGUGCGCACGUCACGUGAUUCCAAACCAAAACACUCGGGCUCUUCGCGGAAGCUAGUGAUGAAACUACCCCAGAAAACAACAGCAAACGCCGCGGACGUUACGAUGCGUUGCUUGCGGGUUAUGCGGUGAAGUAGCCGGCUAAUGCCAGCGAGCUAACCCGCCCCCCCCCCCCCCCUCCGUCACGCCAUGAAUCUCAGAGGACUGUUCCAGGACUUCAAUCCCAGUAAGUUCCUGAUCUACUCGUGCCUGCUGCUGUUCUCCGUGUUGCUGUCCCUGCGGCUGGAUGGAGUCAUCCAGUGGAGCUACUGGGCCGUGUUCACCCCCAUAUGGCUGUGGAAGCUGCUGGUCAUCUUCGGGGCGUCAGUGGGCACCGGGGUCUGGGCCCACAACCCCCAGUACAGGGCCGAGGGGGAGACGUGCGUGGAGUUCAAGGCCAUGCUGAUAGCGGUCGGCCUCCACGUGCUGCUGCUGAUGUUCGAGGUGCUGGUGUGCGACCGCGUGGCCAGGGGGAACUACUUCUGGCUCCUCGUCUUCAUGCCGCUCUUCUUCGUGUCGCCAGUCUCCGUGGCGGCCUGCGUCUGGGGGUUCCGACACGACCGCUCUCUCGAGCUGGAGGUGUUGUGUUCGGUCAACAUUCUCCAGUUCAUCUUCAUCGCUCUGAAGCUGGACAAGAUCAUCAACUGGCCAUGGCUGGUGGUGUGUGUCCCGCUGUGGAUCCUAAUGUCCUUCCUGUGCCUCGUCGUGCUCUACUACAUCAUCUGGUCCGUCCUCUUCCUCCGCUCCAUCGACAUCAUCGCCGAGCAGCGGCGGACCCACAUCACCAUGGCGAUCAGCUGGAUGACCAUCGUCGUGCCACUGCUCACCUUUGAGAUUCUCCUGGUGCACAAGCUGGACGGCCACAACAGCCUGAGCUACGUGUGCGUGUUCGUGCCUCUGUGGCUCUCGCUGCUCACGCUCAUGGCCACAACCUUCGGCCAGAAGGGAGGGAACCACUGGUGGUUUGGCAUCCGCAAGGACUUCUGCCACUUCCUGCUGGAGCUCCUCCCCUUCCUGCGCGAGUAUGGCAACGUGUCGUACGACCUCCAGCGCAGCGAGGACCCAGAGGCGGCCGAGGACCUUCCCAUCCCCGAGCCGCCGCCCAAGCUUGCCCCCAUGUUCCACAAGAAGACGGGCGUUGUGAUCACGCAGAGUCCCGGAAAGUACUUCGUCCCGCCGCCUAAACUCUGCAUCGACAUGCCCGACUAACGGUGGAGCGGCGGCGGCGUGAGGCAGGGGCCUGCUGUACUUUUUUGCGUUCAACUCUCAUGAAGCUAAAACAGCAGAGGACAUAUGCGUAUCUUUUUUUGCCGGUUCCUUCGCUGGAAAGGGUUCAGACGCCAGAGCAAUUAUUACAGGAUCCAGAAUCCUGGCCCUGGUUUUCACUGGCAGUUUAUGAUGUAAAGACACCCCCCGCCCCCCCGCCCCCCCGCCCCCGCCUAAUUCUUCUGAGACUGUUCUGUUCCACACCUGCAGGUGGAGUUUCACUGCGUAGUUUUAUCCAACACCUUGUGGGGGAACCCACCACAGAAGCAGCUCGCGACUCACUUUGGAUCUGAAAAUUUAGGGCCUGAGACACGGAAGAAGAUCCGAAAAGAAGAUCCGCCACUUUGGGUUCAGAGACGACGCUCGCCUUGAUUUACGAUGGGGACCAUUCAGAAAGACUCUGGCUUUGAAUUUGGGAUCAGCUUCUUGCUCCUCUUGCUCCUGUUUUUUUUUUUUUUCGACCAUGUAGGCGAAAAAAAAAAACAGGGUCAAAGGCAACGCUAAGAUUAUUUUUCACGUCCGUCUUUUGUCACAGGGUGACAUUAAAUACGUCGACGCAAAGACGCAAGUAGACCAACUUCAUUUAAAGUCGACGGUUUGAACAGACGGCCGACGACUCUUCUGAUGAGCAUGAGAGACGGAUGGGAAAUAGUUUGGAUUCUUUGCUUUUUAAAAGACAAACGAUGGAAAUGGCACUUUUGUGAAUAUGUUCCGAGAGGAACCCUGUCUGAUUUAUCCGUUUUUGUUUUUUUGUUGCUGUUGUUGUUGUGAAGAACAGGUUGUCAGGUUUGGGACCAGACGAAUCUUGGGAAGAUAAAAAAAAGUAUUUUCUUUAAAACUUUGAGCGUGAGUCGCCACGUGACGUGUCGAAAGAGUCGGUCGUGUAACUCUGACUCAUAAAGCCCCAAAAUGUUGAAUUUUGAUGCGGUCAAACAGCUUCCGCGUUAUUCCAGUGGCGGAAGUUUUCAACCGUAGAAAAUGUGACAAUUCAAUAGAGAAAGAAAAAAGCAAAACAAGGUGUAUUCUUUGUCCCCUUUAGUCGCUAAAGACAGACUUUAAAAUCCGACAAAUAUGAGCUACAAGUAAAAUUUGUGAAUUAAGAAAAAAAAUUCAUUCAGUUGUGUAAAAUUCCCGUGUGUUUGUAUGACGUCCGAUUUCCUCACGUUCCCCCGAAAAGCGAAAACAAAUCGUCCUCCCAGCUUUUUUCUUUUCUUUUCCUUCGACAACCCCGACGUCUCGUUUUUGUUUCCUGUCUUUUUUUAAUUUUCAUUUUGAGGUUGGUCUGAUUUGUUCAUAACGCUCCAAGUAAAAGUUAUGCAACAAGA